GGUGCCGCCCGGAACCUGCAGGCCUUGCCCAGUGCCGGGAGGAAGCGCGCAGAAUCGGGAGGCGCUGGCCGCGGGGACCGCUUCCCGACCCCAGCAGUAGAAUUGCAACCUUGCCAAUGGACCUGAUUGGUUUCGGUUAUGCGGCCCUUGUGACAUUUGGAAGCAUCUUGGGAUAUAAGCGGAGAGGCGGUGUUCCAUCUUUGAUCGCUGGUCUUUUUAUUGGAUUUUUGGCUGGCUAUGGAGCCUAUCGUGUCUCCAAUGACAAGCGAGAUGUCAAACUGUCACUGUUUACAGCUUUCUUCCUGGCCACCAUAAUGGGUGUGAGGUAUAAGAGAUCGAAGAAAAUCAUGCCGGCUGGGCUGGUUGCAGGUUUAAGCCUCAUGAUGAUUCUGAGACUUGUCUUAUUGCUGCUCUGAGAAUCCAAAGGAACUGAAGACUAAAUUCAUGUGAUUCUACGGGCAGAGCAUACACUUUGUAUUUAAAAGAUAAGCUUCAACGUGGAAUGUUAAGUGUCUUCUUUUACGUUAGAAGCAACAGAAAUGCUCCAAAAUGAACAGGAGUUUGAGGGAUUUUUUUUUAAACCAAAAACUCAGCUGUUUUCUACUUGUCAGAUAAUGAUUUUAUUAAAGAUAUUUAAUAAAUCAUUAUGCACGCUUU